AGUCGACUCGCGGCAGCCUGGCUUUCGAAACUCGGCACGACGGCCGCUUCCUCGCGCCCUGUGCCCUCGUUGUCUCCUCUCUCGUCUAUCUGUCUGUCUGUCUGUCUGUCUCUCUCUCUCUCCCUUAUUUUCUCCUUUCUUCCAACCUCUCGACCUCUCGUCCCGUCUUCUCUCACCCUUGGCGUCGGUUCUUUCCGAGCCUGGUGUGUCACCCGGAGCAUCUCGUGCACCCUCCACCCUCCCUCUCCUCCCCCCGCCAUCCCACCAAAUCUCGAUUACGCGCGCUCGCCGAUAUAACGCAGCGCUGACGAUCUACGCCGCUGCUCCCCGGCAGCGGCGGCAGUGCUCGUCCCAGACUGGAACCACCGUCGCUGGUGGUGGUCCUGGGGAAGUAAUCCGGUCGUGAGCGGGCGUCCAUCCUCCGGACGGAGCCACGCUUCCGACUCCUAUGUGCGUCAGUGCGCGGUUAAGAGUCGCGGGGGAGACUGUGCCAGGCGACGUCGAUACGUCGAGGAGGACGAUGAUAACGAUGUGAAUUGGCGGUUCGUUCGCGUGCUCUCGUUCGCAAGGAUCUCGCGCACACGAUCGUCCUGGGAAUCCUCGGCCGACCGACGACAGAGAGACGAUGGCAUAUACGAGGAGGCCCGUAUGGAGAAUAUCGCGUCGGUGAUUUCGAUCGGCAGCGAGGAUUCAGCUUCGCCGACGACUCGUCGAAGAAAUCUGCACACAGACAGCAUGAGAAUGUCAUGGUAAAGACGCGCGAAUGGACGUGCAUGUUGUUUCAUUGCUGAAAAUAAUGCUAAUUCGUUGCUAAAAAUGAGAAACAUUUGCCUUUCAGUCUUUCCACAAGUUUCAAUUUCGAGUAGUAAUUUUCAUCUCGCGUCUCUCUUGUAAAAUGAAGGAGAUUACCUAAAGUUAUCUCCAGAAAAACAUGUAUCGUUUCAUUCCGAAAUUUCUUUUUGAGUUUGAAACGUUUUACGGGGUUGCUUAAUUUUCCAUUGACACAAUUUAUAUGUCCAGUCUGUCUACGAUCUGUCCAGGUUCUGGUGCUACUGGUACCGAAAACGUACACACAAAAGAGACAAUCAUUUUUUGUUUCUAUUUUUUUUAACCAAAAUGUGCUCCUGCUGAGUUAAUGCAACGCUACAAGCGAUUAAAACAUUUUUGAAAUAGUCACUGUACUCCGUUUUCGAUAUCGCCUCGAAAAUCACAAUCGAAAUAUUUUGGAUGUUCUGAAUGGUAUCGUAACGCUUUCCUUUCAACAUCAACUUGAGUUUUGCGAAUAGCCAAAAGUCACACGGAGCAAAUACGAAGGAUGUUUGAGCACUGAUGCUUCUUCUGGCCAAGGAAGAUCGAAAUGUACAAUAUUGGAUUUAUGCAUGGGUGCAUUAUCGUGUAGAAGCAAAACCCUUGCUCUCGGUAUUUAGGCCGAACUCGAAGAAUUCUGUUCUACGAACGAUUCAGAAGUAUAUCAAAUAAUAAUCAGCGUUCACCGAUUGAUCUUCCACUAUGAAUUUCUCGUGGAUAAUUCCUUUCGAAUCGAUCGAAUCGAAAAAAAAGUUAGACAAUACCUAGAUUCGGCUCUUCUGCAUGUGCACUUUCUUCGAUUUUAGCUCUUCCGGGCUCUGCCAUGCCGCGCUCUGCCGCUUUGUGAACGGCUUAUAUUGAAAACAUCAUGCUUCGUCAGCAGUUAGGACGUUUUUCACGAAAUCCGAGUCAAUAUCGGUCGCUUUUAGCACGUAGUGCAGUGCUCCACUCUGACGUCUUUUUGAUCCUCCGUCAGCAUUUGCGGUACGAAGAGUGCACAGAGCUUUCGUUUGCCCAAAUCCUCGGUCAGAAUUUGAUGUACAGUGCUUUUAGGUAUGCCAGUGAACUCCUCGAUGAAUCGUGAAGACGUACAGCGAUCCGAUCAAAGAAUUCAAGCGCUUUUUGCGCAUUUCCGGAGGUACAACUUGUUUUUGGCGGUGUUGAGCGUCUGCAAUGUCCUCUCUGCCGUCACGAAAUUAUCAUUUAAAAGCUUCAUAACGCAACCACUCAUCAAGAGAUGUUGCUGCAGAAAAAAAGUUUAAAAAAUCAGUCGCACCAGAGCGUGGAUAGACCGUGCAUAAAAUUAAUUUGGAUAAACUAAAUAUUUUCGAUGGAGCAAUUUUCUUGCCUGUUUGCAUAUUGUAGAUAAGACUGCGAUAUAGGAAGGAGCAUGAAAUUGCCGAGCCCUUGCUAAAUCUGAAUUGUCGGUGAGAGAGAAUCGCGAGUGCGUCCUCGUUACGUAUGCAUCUCGCGCAACGAAACGCGUUCUCGGCGUCGGCAUGGUAAUGCGAAAUAAUCACGGUCGUUGGCGAAAUAUCGGCAAAUUGGAAAAACAUAGCUCGACGAUUCCGAUGAAAUCGUCCGACUCCUCUUGGAUGCUGUGUUCGCUUGUUUUGCCGUAACACACGCGUGCCCGUAUCUCGUAUGCACGCGCGUAAUCAACGAGCGAUCUAAAUUGCUGAUGCGCUAACCGCGCCGAGGACAGUUCAUUUGACAUUUUCGACACGCGCCUGUCUUUAUUCGAUUCGUCACGCAGAAUGUGGAAACCCACGAGUCGCAUCGAUUCGACGAACUUCCACCGCAAUUUUCACCCGGGCCAUCCAAAAAAAGAAUAAUUCUCGUGACCUUGGCUCGCUGGAUUUUGGAACGCGGAUCUCGCGGAGUGAAACGGGAUUCCCGAAUGUCGGGCAGCCUAGAUUGUCGGAAGUUAUAUACACGUUGUACCGGAAAAGAAGGGAGACACUGAAAAAAAAUAUUGGAUCCGCGAGAGCGAGACGAGACAAUGAACGCAGCGCGAGAAUGCUAGGGGAGGACGAAAGUGUCGGUUGAAUGAAAAGGGAGAUAGAGGGAGAGCACGCGGGUGCGCGCGGGUAAAGGAGAGAAAAUUCCGGAGGUGAAGUACUGUUGUCGAUGGCGGAGUCAGCGCGGAUUUAGCCAAUUAUCACCCCGCUCUCUCGAUGUGGAUGUAUGAACGAGGCCCUUCCGGCAUAUGCUCGAUCUCAUCUGGCGAACCAUGCGGUGUCCCUUAUUGCCCUUUGGGGAAAUGAUAACGCGAUGCUCUCGCAUACUUGAGUCUCCUAUUCCAUCAAGUCUCAUGCAAUAAAGAUAUUGCCCUCGAACAGCGAGCAGCAUAAUCGCGCAAAGCGAGAGAAUUACAAAUUUCCCCUGCACGAGUCCUCCCUUCAUCUUCCUUUAGCAUACUUAUUCUAUAACGUAAAUUCUUCGUGGCAGACCAUGACUGCGCAAAUAACUUAUAUUUUUUUAUACUUGUAUUAUAACGCGUGAUGUGGAAUAAUGUGGAUUUCUAUAGUCACCUUAAAAUAAAUGUCUUUUUUUUUGCGUGAAACUAUUGUGUGUAGACGUCUCUUAAAGGCAAGUUGUGAAUGCACAAUGCUGUAUUUAACAUUUCUAUUUUCCCAUUGCACGUGACAGGAAGAAUCAAUGAACGAUAUUGCCAUACGAACGAUCUUUUUCUGUACGCGCGUGUGCAUAGGUAGUUCUCGACGGAAGAGGCAAAUGGAGAUAAGAGGAGAGAAAGCGGAGGUAUUUUGACAGCCUCGGCACUUGUCCCGGGAAUGCCUCGAAUGCCUGUGCCGGUACUCCUCGGUAGUUGGGGCUGGGGCUGGGGAUUUUUCGCCAUAUUCCUCCUGCUUCUGGCCACCCCCAGUCCCGCUGCCAUUCGCAGAGACCGAGACCACUGCAACAAAACAGUGGAUAUAUACGAGGAUGUGUCGAGUCCGGCGGUGACCCCAGCGAAUUGGGGUAAGCCCCUCUCGUGUUGGUACCGCUUCCGUGCCUUUCGCGGAACGCCCCGAGACUGGAUUCUGCGGGUACGCUUCAAGAAGUUUAAGGUCGGGGUGCUGGAGAACGCUACCACUUGCAGCGGCGGUUACCUGCAGAUCAUAGAUGGGAACACAAAAACCGAGGUGAGCAAUCGCAAGGACCCGGGCGUCUAUUGCGGCGAGUCCGAGCAGCCGCAGACGUUUAUCAGCGAGACCAGCUUCGUGCGGGUAAUCUUCCAUGCGGACAAUUUCACCGAUCAGACGUACUUUAGCUUCGACUCGCGCGCCGAGCAGCAAUUCGAGGUGUAUCUCAGGUACGGCCAGCAUCCGGAACUUUACCCGAACCGCCGCGGCGAGAUCGUGCCCGGUAGUUAUUGCGAACGAGUGUUCAAAGACUGCCGGCUGCAGACGUGCUAUGUACAGAGCCCGGCGUACCCGGGCAUCUACCCGCGCGCGUUACACUGCAAGUACCGGCUGAACACCAGGCUGCCCUUCAUCAAGCUCUACAUCGAGAACGAGGAGUUCAACAUCGACGGGCAACGAUGCGAGAACAUCAUGACGUGUCCGAUGCGACCCAUCAGUUCCGGCUCGGAGCAUUGCCCCUACGAUUACAUACGCGUGUACGACGGCAAGAACGAAAGCAGCCCGGUGAUCGGCACGUUCUGCGGCAUGGGCAAGUUCCCGUACAGCAUCAUCGGCACCAGCGAGGACCUGUAUGUGGAGUUCGUGUCAUCACCGGCUGGCCCGCUGCUCAACACCGGCUUUCACUUCAACGUGGGCAACUGGCCGGGCCACGUGGAAACCGCCGGCGUGAAGAACGGUAGCUGCGACUGGCUGCUGAACAGCGAGUCCCUCGUGAGCGGUAACGAGGGUAUCUUCCUGUCGGUCGCGCACUGGUAUCCGCCGCACACCAGCUGCACGUACCUGCUGCGCGGUCGCCCGGGCGAGAUCGCGCGUCUCUACUUCCCGAGUUUCCGCGUGAACCGCAUCGAGUCGCCGAUACAGCCUUACGAUGGCGACUGCGGCGAGAGCUUGACGUUGUACGACUCCGACUGGCCGGACGACGCCAGGAUCAUCAAGACCUUCUGCGACACGUUCAGCAAGCCGAUGGAGAAGCACGACUUCGUGUCAACGUCGAAUGCACUGUUCGUGCGCUUCGAGAGUAAGACUGGCAGCUACUCCGGCAGCUCGCUCUACUACUGGGCGCACUACGACUUUUUCAAUGCCACGAGAUUCGGUGAGCCCGUGCCCGGCACCGAGUGCGACGAAAUCUUUGCGUCGUGGAAGACACGCUCGGGCCAGUUGCGAUCUCCCUUGAACACCCUCGUCUACAAGAGACCGGGCGAUCCACCCGCCGAUUUGUCUUGCACCUACAGUUUCGUUACGGACAAGCGGCUGUACGCGCGGGUGAUCCUCGUAGUCGAAUCGAUCAACUUCAAGGAACAUCCGUAUGCCCAGUGCGGUCACUGUUGGGACAGCCGAGUGGAUCGGGUGAUCAUUCGAGAGCCGAACCCGGUGGGCAUUAAGGGCCACUGCCUCUGUCGGCACAACAACAAUGGCACCCCCUCGCCCACGACCUCACCGGCACCACGGCCACCCGUUCUCAGAGUAGUCUCCAGGGGUGAGAGGUUGGACCUGAAGUUGUUGGUGGACGGCGCGCACGCGGCAUCGAGCUACUUCAAAUGGCCGGCGCCGCUCUUUGAAGCGAGAUACGAGUUUGCACACAGCCCGUUAUGUGGUCCGGCCCUCUUGCCAGCCACUACUGAUGGUGAGAUCGAGUUCCCGCAUUACGAGGCGUUGGGAUACGUCACACCGCCCAGGUCCAUCAAAUGCAUUUGGGAGUUGCGAGUGAAUCGCGAGCGUGAUCUCUGGCUGCACUUUGAUAAGAUCAAGUUCGCAUCGCGCUCCUGCGAGGACGGCAAGCUCGAGAUCUUCCUGCCGGGUAACACUGAACCGUAUUUGGGUAUCUGUGGCGAGAACGUCAGCUACGUCAGGGAGAUGCCGAUCAUAUCGGCGGCACAAAUCGCGCCGCCGACGAUGGAUCAUCCAGCUCUGGCCGAUGGCACCGAGGAAUCCCCUGCUAUAACCAUACAAUUCACUGGAUCAAUGGCGCCAGCUAGGGCGGCUUUUAAGAUCGCCUGGACCGAGCUCUAUCACUUGCCGAGGGACGGCUCCGGCGCGCUUAAUACCCAGAAGCUGGAGGACUGCGCUUUCCAGUGUCCCGGUGACGCGGGAUGCAUUCCGGCAAGAUUGCUGUGCAACGGCGUCGUGAACUGUCCGACUCGCGGCAUACCCGUUCCGGGUAUCCUGAACGGCACUUUCUACGAGCCGGACGACGAGUCGGUGGAAACAUGCGGUGGUCCCGUCAACGGCAACGGCGGCAGCUUUGUCGGACCAGCUGGUUGGGCCGGCGCCGGUCUGGGCGUCGGGCUGACCAUUCUGCUGGGUCUAGCGUGUUUCAUCGCCGUCUGCAGACUUUGCAGAAGACGAUCGCACUCCAGGGACAUACACGUGCCCUACUAGGAGAUGCGGUUCAUCCUCUGCGAGUGUAUGCACGAUCCCAAACAACACAGAAGCCCAACAUGCGAACGACUCAUGAUCGUGCUUCGAGGAAUCGCGAUUUUUUGCUUGUACUCUAUAUACACAGAUGUAUGAGCAAGAAAUUCCUAUCUCUCACUGCUACGAAAGACGUCUACAUGACACCCGACUUCCUCGGAUGUCAUUGAGUCGUCUUCGAACUGAUCAUUAGUCAAUUCGACCGUCAUUCGAUUGCUGUUAAUUUCGAUGAAAUAGAUCUACUGAUUAUGAUAAGAUUGUAAUCUGGGGAGAAAGCACAUGAUGUCAUCAAGGCAAGUUUGUUUGUCAUUAAUAGGACGGCGUCGUCAACUUUCUGGGUUGUUUGGGACAAAGACGAUAAGAAAGCACUCUGGCACUUGAAAUCCGACGAGAUUCAGGAGAAGAGACGUUUUUUCCAGUGCUGUUACGAGCGACAAAUCCAACAUUGCGCUUACAAGUAAUUAUUCUAAUGUGAUGCUUCCGAGUUUAACAAACGUUUCGAGUUUGCUCAUUGAUCGCGAGAGAUCUACUUCGAGUCUUUACUCUAUAUGGUGUUCACGUAUUGCUGUCAGCGUGAUACCGAUCGUCCAUCCCGCGUCCACGUCACGCCAUCAGUCUUCUAUCUAUCCGUUUCGCGAAACUAAUGGUCCGUGCAUCCUAUCCCCCUACAACGACGAUCGCGCAGAUCGAACCGAAGCCGUGUUUGCCACUGCCACACUAUACUCACCGUGUUGUCAUCGCGUUUCCUCUACACACUGCCAUAGACGUAGAACUUCACGUGUAGCCUCAUCUCGAUCGUUUCCAUGUCCGAGAGAAAUAGUAGGUUUGCAAGACGAUCGGAGAGAGAGAGAGAGAUUAAUCUCUGCUGCUGAUGCAGUAGCGGUAGCGAAACGUCUGUGAAACAUAGAUAACUUGGACAACAUGCUAAUAAAAUGUAUCUCUAGUAUCCCGUUUCCUAAACUAUGGAACUCUACCGGUAGUCGUAUCGUUGGAGAAUAUAAUGAGUUCGAAAUUAGAAGAAGGAUAGAUUAGAUUAAGUUAGAUUAAGUUUCGAACGCCUACAGUUAUUUUACGACGUUAGGAUAAACAACUACGUAAUUAUACUAUAUGUGAAACAUUGAACAUUAUAAUUGUUUACACGUAUCACACGUUUACACAUCACAUAUAUAUCAUUACACUCUACGAUUACGAUUUAUUUUGUCAGCUAAAGUCAGAGAGCAGCGUUGCUACCCCUAGAAAGCCGAAAGGGUAGCGCGCGCCUUUUACUUCCUCCGCCGCUCGCACAGAUAUCAGCGAACCGAUCGUCCGAUAGAUUCCGACUUCGAGAUUAUAGUUCUUAGUGGUUGCUCAAAGUUGCGCUGCUCCGUGAAUUCUUGUCUUGUGAAACUCGUCGUAGCGAGAGCGAGUAAAAUUAAAUCGACUUGAAAUAUAUAGCGGGAAUAGCGGGAACGACGGGAAUCGAUAGUAUAUCAGAGAUUGUGACUUCUGAGACGAGUCGUGACACGCCUUGUCGAUUUAACGUCUUGAGAUUCGGCGAUAUCGUGUGUCGGGCGUAAUGACACAUCGUGUCCGCCGAUACGUACCGAGUCUGCAUUAAGAAUAUGAAGAAGAAAUGAGGAAGGAACGAAGGGAAGAGCCACGUGAUUCGCCGAUUCGCAAGAUGUCUUGGACUCUAUGACACCGAAUGAGCGUGCCUACUAAAUAUGCAGCUAUUAUGCAUGUGAUUGUCGACAGUGCAAACAAUUUGUAUAUAAUAAGCCGAGGGAGAGAUAGAGAGACGGGGAGGUUUAUAUAAGAUCGAUCGCUUUUUAGAACUAAUCGGUACGCUAGAACAUUAUAAGGGAGGAGAAAUAAUGGAAAUAAAUGAAGCGUUGGCGAGAGAGCUCGCCGACCGUCGCAGUGGUAAGAGAUCCUGUUGAUCCGAUAGUGUGUCGUUGGUUGGCCUUCCUCCAGGCUAUUAUAAUUAGAGCAAGGAACAGACUUGGAAACUUGGGAACCGGCGCCCCCUCCCCCGGGGACUGCUGCGUUCUAGGAUCAUGAUUGUUUGUAUAUAGGGAAACAUUUAUGUAGAUUUAGCGACAAUCUCAAUAGCGGAUACACACGUACCCACACAAAGUACACGCAACACGCACACGACAACCGGACGACGGUAUUAAAAACGCGCGCAUUAUUAAUAUGCAGCCCUCUUCAAUCGACGGUAUAACGAUUAUCUUACUACGACAUGUAAUUGCGAUAAUAACAAUUAUCAUAAUUACUAUAUUUUUUACUAAUAAAGAGCAUCCUUGCAGUCGAGGA